GAGCUCCUACCUGACUGAAAUGCGCAUGCGCAGAACGUGGAGGCCGCCCGCGCGUCUUGCGGACGCGCGUGAAAACUUCGCGCGUGCGUUGCGUGCUCUACGUACGUGGCGGUCCGACAGGGCGCUCUCGCGAGUUACGAAACUAUCGAGAGACAGCAGGUUUCAAGAUGGCGGCAGACCAAGCGAACGCUCCGAGCAGUGCUCCGCGCCUAAGAUUUUCAAAAAGUGACGACUUAGACCUACUUCGUGAUGUUCGAGACUGCAACCCAUUCGAAGACAUGAUGCGGUAUCCAAUGAGAUGGACUGAAAUCGCCGUGCGGCUGUCGGCGGCCAGGGGAAAAGUGUUCAGUGCUCGAACUGCGCACGAUCGCACAGACCUCCUGCUCACGCAGUACGCUGACAAGGACAGCAAAAGCCUCCGCAGGUCAGGAACUGAAGAGGAGUAUGAAGAGCAAGAUAAGCUGCUCCAAGAACUUCUCGACAUGGCAAGAGAAAACCGCUACAGAUAUCGACGAAUGCGAAAAACUUGUGGCAAACAGAGCUGUUCAGGUGUAGAAACUGCACGGCUUUCCAAGUUGCUGGCGUGCCGUUCCAGAGACGCUGCAGCUGCAGCCUACGCUGUGACAUCGAGCAGCAGCAACAGCAGCGGUACCAACUUGGGUAAUGCACGAAAAUACGUGCUUGUAGCCUAUGACUGCUGCCGAUCAAACCGCAAAUUAACCAUUGCCAUUCACUAUAAUUUUAUACGCCUGAUACGCACUGACAAUGCUACACCGUCGCUGUUGUUUAAUCAUAUGAUCACUGGCAAAGGCGACACUGCAAUCGUUCUGGACGAGCAGCAACAGCAAGUCCCGAUACCCGCGCCCACCAUCUGUGAGGAGCUCUCUGAUGUAGCAGCCAGCCCUUCCUCGUCGUCACCAGCGGCCGCGGAGUAA